AUGUCUGACAAACCUGACAAGGGCAAGCAGCCUUCCAAAGAGCAGGCUCGGGACAAGUGGGCUGCCGAUCUCGCCAAGUCUGGUGGUCUCGAGAUCAAGGGUUCAUCCCAGGAGCAGCCUGUCGAAGCCAGCAGCUCUUCUAAGAAUGCUUCCGUCGAGCCCAUGGGUCAACCUUUGGAUGUCCCCGAUGCCGGACGUUCCAAAAAUACUAGCAUGGUCACCGCGAGCCCUCUUCUCCCUGCUACCCAUGUCACCGUCAUUAUCCGCUUCCCCCACGGCGACGUCCGCCUUCCCUUGUUUGUUGUUGGCCGCCACCCCAUGUUCGCUGAAAUGUUUGAGGGCGGUAUUCUUCACUGGCCUGGUGCUUCUCAGCGUCAGGCUCGAAUCAUCACUCACUACCUACGGGACCCCAAGCCCAAGUACAAGAUGGUGCAUUGCGAGACCUUGCCCCAUGAGGUUAGACUGGAGCGAGAGUUCUCCGAUGCUCUGGCGAUCAAUGCUCAGGCAACUUCUUUCAACCUUCCUGAACUUGCCGCGCUGGCUCUGGCCCACAUGGAGGAUUAUGGGGACAUGGUCUCCCUUAGCAGAAUCAUGGUCAACUUCAUGGCUCAGGGUGAAUGGUACCAGCGAAAUCGGGCCUAUGUUCAACACUAUGUGACUCGCCGUUUCACUUCCACUCACCCAACGGCUAUGCAUCAUGACCGUGGAGGGCUCGGACUACAAACUGGCGAUGCCCUGAUCGACGGCCUUCUCGGUGCAAUCAACAGCCUCCGCUUCCCUGACUUGCGCUACGCACCUGAGCCUCGUUACCACUACUAG